AUGAAGCUCAUCGCGAACAACGCGGGCGUGAACGGCAGCGUGGUGAUGCAGAAGGUGAUUGACUCGAACGACUCGAACUACGGCUACAACGCGGCCACAGACAAGUUUGAGGACCUCAUGGAGAGCGGCAUCAUCGACCCCACCAAGGUGAUCCGCUGCGCCCUGGAGAACGCAUCAUCCGUGGCCAAGAUCUUCCUGCUGGCCGACGUGGUGGUCACCGACAUCCCCGAGAAGGCGGGCGCCCCCGCCCCCGACGUCAACGCCGAGUACGGCUACUAA